GUUGCAAAAGCUGAACCCGCUGGCCAUCUCAGUCACCGUCUGCUUGAGGCCGUUAUCAAUUCGGAACACAAGCGGAGUGUGGGAUCAAUCGUUGAGCGAGUCUGCGCGUGGAUGGAUAGAAUGGAGGCUGAGGAGAACCCUCCAGCUGUCUCUUGCAUGAUCAUGUCUCUUAAGAAUCCUUUUUGGAUCGUGGAACAUAACAUUUCUUCAAAACCGCAGAACUUCGUUACAAGAAGCCAAUCGGUGGAAUAUACACAGCGAGAAACUGUUCGUGUGCAUCACGAGCAUGAGCAGGUGAGAAGAAUCACUUUCUGGGAGGACGUUGGUGCUGUUGCCUUGAGACGCUGGUGAAUUGAAACACUUCAGUAUAAUUAGGGGAACGUUUCGAGCAGGCAUGGCGAACAUCCCUUCGCUUACCUCCAGGAAAAAUACGAACAUCUUCAAGAGCAAGGAGGCGGAAAUUGAUUGCUGUGAAUGAGACAUUGAGGAAGAGUAGUUCAGAAAACAUUGGCAGUUAUGGACGCCCUUCGCAAGCUGGGUAGUUUGGGCAGGAGACGGGAUGAGGUAGAUACGGCGAGCAGCCCUCUGAAGAACGAAGCUUCAGCAGCAGAAAUUCCCAGGGAUCCUGUGCAAAUUAGCGGCAAAGAUGAGGCAUCACCUUCGGGCCUUACACCCAUCAGGGUGCGGGUACCAGAGGAUGUGAGAUCGGAAAGUGAAGUCAAACGAGACGGCGAUGAAGAAAGCGUUGGCAGUGGAGAGAGUUUCGACAGUGCCUUGGAGAGGAUGGAAGCUUCUUCUAUCACAAGUUUUGAGCCUCCUAGUCCGAUGGAGUCUAUCGAUGGGCGGUUCCAGUUUGAAGAUGGGGUAAGGGAGGAUUUAGCAGAAAGUGGACUAGACGGAAAUUUUUCUUAUGACGACGACGACGACGAUGAAGAAGAAGAAGAAGACGGGAGUGAGGAAGGGGAGUCCACUAGUAGCAGUAUCAUCAACUCGGAGUAUUCGUCUAGCGCCAGCAAUACGGAGGAUGAAAUGGAUAUCUCGGGGUAUGGAGCUUCCUCAGCGCGAACCAUGCUUGUGUCCAAUGAUGCAAGUAAAUCUGAUGAGGAAGCAAUUGAUGAACCGAAGUACAAGUUAAGGAACGUCGUAACUGGAGAGGAGAAUAUGAGUGGUGGUCUUUCAGUUGAGAACGAAGCAAGAGGGGUUGCUCUUUCGUCUUGGAAGUCGGAAUUGGAAGACUUCUACGAAGCUUCACUGGAGGAUAACGAUGUUCAAGAGGAAUUGGCAGAGAAGAUAAUUAAGGUAGCCAGUGAACAGAAUGACGAAGAAGAUGAAGAAGUACAUUUUCCUGUCAUCGCGAACGAAUUGCCCGGGAGGAUUACACGGAAUCGGACAAUGAUCGAUAGCCCAGCUCAUCUUUACAGUGCCGUGAAAGCAGUUGAUUCAACACUUCCUGCGUUGAAGUCAGAGAGUACGAAAUCAAUUACACAGGGUUUUGUUGAGGCUGAGGAAGCUGAAUCGGACGUUUUCACAGAGGGUGAAGAUGGAUAUGAUGACGAAGAUGAAGAUGGCGAUAUACAAAUGGAUGUUUCGCAGGCUACUGAAAAAUCUGGAACUCCGGAUGAGAGCGAAAGCAAUCCAUCAAUGGGUGCAGGUGGACCUCGUUUGCCGUCUUUACCCCAACGAUCAUCUGCUAGAAGAUCUGCUGCCACAACAGCAACGGGUGUGCCACGUCCUAAUACUGCCUCGUCAACCCAAUCAGCAGCCACCAGUGACGCGAGCAUAAGCAGUGAAUCUAGCGAAGCGAAUGAAAUCCGUGAGAAACUCCAGAAUAUCAGAAUAAAGUUCUUGAGACUGGCUCGCCGCUUGAAUCAAUCUCCGCAGAACGUGGUUGUAGCACAGGUGUUGUAUCGUCUAGGCUUGGCAGAAUCCUUGCGAGGCGGUAGUUCUCUCAACCGCACUAGAGCAUUCAGUUUCGACCACGCCAACGCUCUCGCAGAGGAGCAGGAAGCUGCUAAGUAUGAGGACCUUGACUUCGCAUGCACGAUUUUGGUUCUUGGAAAGACUGGGGUUGGAAAGAGUGCGACUAUCAACUCUAUUUUUGAUGAGUGCAAGACUGUGACUAGUGCCUACUAUCCGUCUACCACUAAAGUCCAUGAAGUUAGUGGAACUGUGCUCGGCGUCAAGGUGAGGUUUAUAGACACACCUGGGCUUCUCCCUUCUACGGCUGACCAACGGCACAAUAAGAACAUUAUGAGACAAGUGAAAAAGUACAUCAAAAAAGUUUCUCCAGACAUAGUUUUGUACUUCGAUCGUAUGGACAUGCAAACUCGAGACUCUGGAGACGUGCCUUUGCUGCGGACCAUCACCGACGUGUUUGGAGCCGCUGUGUGGUUCAAUGCUACAGUGGUGUUGACCCACGCGUCUAAGGCCCCUCCAGAUGGAUCAAAUGGGACUCCCAUGAGUUAUGACUAUUUUGUAGCACAACGGUCACAUUUUGUGCAACAGACAAUUCGUCAAGCAGCUGGAGACGCAAGGCUUCAGAAUCCGGUGUCGUUGGUGGAGAACCACCCUGCUUGCAGAAUCAACCGAAGUGGGCAGAGAGUCUUACCCAAUGGACAGCCAUGGAAGCAACAAUUGUUGUUGCUAUGUUUUGCCUCAAAGAUAUUGGCAGAAGCGAACACGUUGUUGAAGCUUCAGGAAGCAUCAACUCCUGGAAAGCCAUUUGGACAGCGGUCUCGGGUGCCACCUUUGCCAUAUUUGCUUUCGUCUUUGCUUCAAUCUCGAGCUCAGUUGAAGAUGCCAGAUGAGCAACAUGGGGAGUCCGAAGACUCUGAUGACGACUCUGAUGAGGAGGAUGAGGAGGAAGGCGAUGAAUAUGAUGAUCUUCCACCAUUUAGGCCGCUUUCGAAGCAAGAGCUGGAGGACCUUAGUAAGGAGCAGAGGCAGGAAUAUGCAGAAGAACUUGCUGAUCGUGAAAGGUUAUUUCAAAAGAAGCAAUAUAGAGAGCAAAUCCGAAGAAGAAGAGAACGAAAAAAGCAAGCGUCUGUGAUGAGCAAGGAAGAGCCAUCCAUACCUGGUGAUGGAGCAGAAGAUGAGUCAGGGCAACCUGCUACUGUGGCUGUUCCGAUGCCAGACAUGGCGUUGCCUCCUUCAUUUGACUCUGACAAUCCCACACAUAGGUAUCGUUACCUGGAGACUGCGAACCAGUGGCUAGUACGUCCGGUAUUGGAGACCCAUGGGUGGGACCACGAUGCUGGGUACGACGGUUUCAACGUGGAGAAAAUGUUCGUGGUGAAGGAGAAGAUUCCUGCUUCCGUGUCGGGCCAGGUGACGAAAGACAAGAAAGAAGCCCAGGUGAACUUCGAAGCAGCGGCUUCGUUGAGGCACGGAGAGGGGAAGGUGACUCUGACUGGGUUCGACGUUCAGACGAUCGGAAAGGACUUGGCGUACACGGUGCGGGCAGAGACGCGGUUCAACAAUUUCAAGAGGAACAAGACGACGGCGGGGGUGACUGCGACGUACCUGAACGACACGAUCGCGGCGGGAGUGAAGCUGGAGGACAGGGUAUUGAUAGGGAAGAGGGUGAAGUUGGUGGUGAACGGAGGGGUGCUGACAGGAAAGGGCGACAAAGCAUACGGUGGAAGCCUGGAGGCGACGUUGAGAGGGAAGGAGUAUCCUUUGAGUCGGACGCUGUCGACGCUGGGGUUGUCAGUGAUGGACUGGCACGGCGACCUGGCGAUCGGGGGGAACCUGCAGUCGCAGUUCAUGGUGGGGAAGACGAUGAUGGUGGGAAGGGCGAACUUGAACAAUAGGGGGUCGGGUCAAGUGAGCAUACGGGCGAGCAGCUCGGAGCAGCUGCAGAUGGUGUUGAUUGGGAUUGUUCCGAUAUUGAGGUCUCUAAUCAACUGCCGUUUCGGCUUCGGUGGUCAGCCCCAACAGUAGUUUCAUAGUAUAGCAUCGAUAUUGUGUAGUCAAUCCUUAUCUUUAGUCUGAGCUGAGCGUGAGAGACUUGAAGUGGCAGCAUUCUACAUAUCGUUUUUGACAGAGAGCGCUUAGAAAUGGCGGAUUUUCGCUGCCUUCACGCACGCAACUUGAGAGACCUAAAGAUGGUCGCAGGAAUUAGUUCUAGUCACUUGGUUCCUUAGUUUGACUAGCAAUGAGCCUGAAUUGGGACAUGCAGGUAAUCAUCCACUGUCGUAGGGAGUUCAUCACCAGUGUGUUUGUGGGCUUUUUUUCGCUCUUCUUUUUGUAAUUUACUGGGCUGAAUCUGGAGAUAUAUGUGUGUUGGUAGAAGCUAGUCUUUUGUUCCAACACAGUGGGUCGCCACGGGUUUCAUCUCA